ACGUGACCGAUCGCCCAACCCUUCCACUAAUAAUUUUUUUUUACAUACACUCCACUUGUAUGAAUAAUUCGAAAUCAAUGUUGAAAGCAAGAUGAUGAAAUAAAUGUUGCCUCUUGAAUGUUCAUUGUUUACAAUUACAAGCCAUCAGCUGUUUGGGUGUGGCUGAGCACGUGUCAGUGGAGCUGCUCUCAGAAAGUACAGUCAUACAAUGAGUACUCAGAGAGGCAAUACCAGCAGGAUACGUAGGCAGAAACACCAAAACAGGACUGUCUUCAACAAUAGUCUUCAUGACACCAGUAAACAUACCAAGAUGCUCAAUAAUUUGGAAAUUGCUGAAGUAUGUAAACGAUGUCAAGAGGUGAUAGCAUGGAAAAUCAAAUACAAGAAAUAUAAGGCUUUAAGUCAACCCAAAACUUGUACCGGGUGUCGCCAAAAGACCAUCAAGGAUGCCUAUCACAUUCUGUGUAUUAAUUGUGCCAAGGACUUGGACGUUUGCUGUAAAUGUGGGAAGAAGGAAGAAAUUGUUGCCCAUAAAUCUCCUUCAGAAAUGGAGCGGCUCCAGACAAUGGCACAGCUAGAGAUGGAGGUGAAAGCCUUGUCAGAACGAAGAAGACGAGCUUAUUACAGGUACAUUGAUAAACUUGAGGGAAAAAAGAAGAAAAAGAAGAAUGCAAAGCAGCAAGAUACAGGUUCUCUUGAAACAGAAAGAGUAAACAAGGAAUCUGCAGAGAAUGAAGAGGAAACUUGUGAAGAGCCAACGCCUCUGUCUCUAGAAGAAUACUUCCGAAAUGCUCGGCAGAAACUUGAAGAACUUAAGAAAGGGAUGACUGCUGAUGAUGACCUGUUUGAUGAUUUGAGUAUUAGCAGUGAUGAGGAAGAAGAUGACUUUGAAGAUGGUGAUGAAUAAGAUGUAUCAUUUUUAAUCACUUGUGACGAUAAAGGCUCAAUAAUAAAUGCAAUAGGAACAUUGCACAAUAAAUAGUGAAAAAUAAAAUACUUUGUUUUUCAAGAAAAUUUAAAUAAAUACACGAUUUAUUAUGCUAUACUGUAUUUAUAUUUCAAAAUUUAUUUAUAAAAAGCUGACUUAGUUUGCAGUAAGAUACAGCAAACUGUGCUACUGUACACUGUAUUAAUAUGAAAGGAUACAGUGAGGAAGUAAAUUAACAAUUGAAACUAUCACGAAGGACUGUAUGUUAUAAUUUAAAUUUGUACAGUACAUGAAUGGUAAUUAAUA